AAGCUGCACAGUAGCCCCGACAUUUAGUUACGAAGUUGACGCCACGUUUGUACGGGCAGUUCACUUGAAGUCAUUAUAGUGCAGUUUUGCGUUGCCUUUAAUCGCGUUAUAAAUAAGUUUCACAAGAGAUAAACAUGCAGAUUUUUGUCAAGACCCUCACGGGGAAGACCAUCACCCUUGAAGUUGAGGCAUCUGAUACGAUUGAAAAUGUGAAAGCAAAGAUCCAGGACAAAGAGGGAAUUCCACCAGACCAGCAGAGAUUGAUCUUUGCAGGAAAACAGCUCGAAGAUGGCCGCACCCUUUCCGAUUAUAACAUCCAAAAGGAAUCCACCCUUCAUCUGGUCCUCCGUCUCCGUGGAGGUAUGCAGAUCUUCGUCAAGACCCUGACCGGCAAAACCAUCACCCUCGAGGUUGAGGCAUCUGACACGAUUGAAAAUGUGAAAGCGAAGAUCCAGGACAAAGAGGGAAUUCCACCAGACCAGCAAAGAUUGAUCUUCGCAGGAAAACAGCUCGAGGAUGGCCGCACGCUUUCAGAUUACAACAUCCAGAAGGAAUCCACCCUUCAUCUGGUCCUUCGUCUCCGUGGAGGUAUGCAGAUCUUCGUCAAGACCUUGACUGGCAAGACUAUCACCCUUGAAGUUGAGGCAUCAGACACGAUCGAAAAUGUGAAGGCGAAGAUCCAGGACAAAGAGGGAAUUCCACCAGACCAGCAAAGAUUGAUCUUCGCAGGAAAACAGCUCGAGGAUGGCCGCACGCUUUCAGAUUACAACAUCCAGAAGGAAUCCACCCUUCAUCUGGUCCUUCGUCUCCGUGGAGGUAUGCAGAUCUUCGUCAAGACCUUGACUGGCAAGACUAUCACCCUUGAAGUUGAGGCAUCAGACACGAUCGAAAAUGUGAAGGCGAAGAUCCAGGACAAAGAGGGAAUCCCACCAGACCAGCAGAGAUUGAUCUUUGCAGGAAAACAGCUUGAGGAUGGCCGCACGCUUUCUGAUUACAACAUCCAGAAAGAAUCUACUCUCCAUCUUGUCCUUCGUCUCCGUGGAGGUAUGCAGAUUUUCGUGAAGACACUAACUGGCAAAACCAUCACCCUUGAGGUUGAGGCUUCUGACACAAUUGAAAAUGUGAAAGCAAAGAUCCAGGACAAAGAGGGAAUCCCACCAGACCAGCAGAGGUUGAUCUUUGCAGGAAAACAGCUCGAAGAUGGUCGUACUUUGUCCGAUUACAACAUUCAGAAGGAAUCUACGCUUCAUUUGGUUCUCAGGCUUCGCGGAGGUAUGCAAAUUUUUGUGAAAACAUUGACUGGCAAAACUAUCACUUUGGAAGUCGAAGCCUCUGACACUAUUGAAAAUGUGAAGGCCAAAAUUCAAGACAAAGAGGGGAUUCCUCCAGACCAGCAACGUUUGAUCUUUGCUGGAAAGCAGCUUGAAGACGGACGGACUUUGUCCGACUACAAUAUUCAAAAAGAGUCCACCUUACAUUUAGUUCUUCGUCUGAGAGGUGGAAUGCAAAUCUUUGUCAAGACUCUUACUGGCAAAACCAUCACUUUGGAAGUCGAAGCCUCCGACACUAUUGAAAAUGUUAAGGCUAAAAUUCAGGACAAAGAAGGAAUUCCUCCAGAUCAGCAACGUUUGAUCUUUGCCGGCAAACAGCUUGAAGACGGACGGACCUUAUCGGACUACAAUAUCCAGAAAGAAUCCACUCUCCACUUGGUUCUCCGACUACGUGGUGGAAUGCAAAUUUUUGUUAAAACUUUAACUGGAAAGACUAUCACUUUGGAGGUUGAGGCUUCAGAUACAAUUGAGAAUGUAAAGGCUAAAAUUCAGGACAAAGAAGGAAUUCCUCCAGAUCAGCAACGUUUGAUCUUUGCCGGCAAACAGCUUGAAGACGGACGGACCUUAUCGGACUACAAUAUCCAGAAAGAAUCCACUCUCCACUUGGUUCUCCGACUACGUGGUGGAAUGCAAAUUUUUGUUAAAACUUUAACUGGAAAGACUAUCACUUUGGAGGUUGAGGCUUCAGACACAAUUGAGAAUGUAAAGGCUAAAAUUCAGGACAAAGAGGGAAUUCCUCCAGACCAGCAGCGUUUGAUCUUUGCUGGAAAACAACUCGAAGAUGGCCGUACUCUUUCGGACUACAACAUCCAAAAAGAAUCCACGCUGCAUCUUGUCCUUCGCCUUCGAGGAGGAAUGCAAAUUUUCGUGAAGACUCUUACCGGCAAAACUAUUACCUUGGAAGUCGAGGCCUCUGACACAAUUGAAAACGUAAAAGCAAAAAUCCAGGACAAAGAAGGCAUUCCACCAGACCAACAGCGACUGAUCUUUGCUGGAAAGCAGCUUGAAGAUGGACGAACCUUGUCUGACUACAACAUUCAAAAGGAAUCAACCUUACAUCUGGUUCUAAGGCUGCGUGGAGGUAUGCAAAUUUUUGUAAAAACAUUGACCGGCAAAACUAUCACCUUGGAAGUCGAGGCAUCUGACACAAUUGAGAACGUGAAGGCAAAAAUUCAAGACAAGGAAGGAAUCCCACCAGACCAGCAGAGAUUAAUUUUUGCUGGAAAACAGCUGGAAGACGGGCGUACUCUUUCCGAUUAUAAUAUUCAAAAGGAGUCCACCCUUCAUCUGGUUCUCCGACUACGUGGUGGCAUGCAGAUCUUUGUCAAAACCUUGACUGGGAAAACUAUCACCUUGGAGGUUGAGGCAUCUGACACAAUUGAAAAUGUCAAGGCCAAAAUCCAAGACAAAGAAGGAAUUCCUCCAGACCAGCAGAGAUUGAUAUUCGCAGGAAAACAACUGGAAGAUGGGCGUACCCUUUCAGACUACAACAUUCAGAAGGAGUCCACUCUUCAUCUGGUGCUUCGGCUCCGCGGUGGAUCUCUCUAAAGUCAAGCUGGAAAAUUCCAAUAUCUGAUCUCGCUGACGUGAUCUAAUGAAAAAUUGAUAGUAUUGAUAGCGUUAUUGAACUUUUUUUUACUUUCUUUAAUAAUAGUGCUUUCACCAAAAUGUGAUAAUAUUGAUUUAUGCUUCAGCAGCGAAUAAAGAAUUCAGUUUAAGAUG